UCCGUGGUCCGGGCUUCCUCUUGGAAAGGCGGAUCCGCCCUGGCGGCGCGCCCGGCUCCCCGCCCCGACGCCGGCGCUGACGGAAGCACGCCGGGUGACCUCACCCGCCAACAUGGCGGCGGCGGUAGAUUAGGACCGCGGGUCGGAGCCGCCGCCGCCACCGCCACCGCCACCGCCACCGCCGCUGUGGGAUCCUGUGCGGAGCCGCCGCCGCCGCCGCGUUUUCACCUCUUCGGGGACACGGGCCUGGACCAGGUUUUACACAUCUGUAAGUAGACCUUUCCGGAGCUCUGCCAGCCGACCCCAUGGCGUCCUCUACUACUGUGCCUCUAGGAUUUCACUAUGAAACAAAGUAUGUUGUCCUCAGCUACUUGGGACUCCUCUCUCUGGAGAAGCUGCAGGAGCAACAUCUUUCCUCACCCCAAGGGGUUCAACAGGAUAUAGCUUCACAAUCUCUGGAUCAAGAAGUUUUAUUAAAAGUUAAAACUGAAAUUGAAGAAGAGCUAAAAUCCCUGGACAAAGAAAUUUGUGAAGCCUUCGCCAGCACAGGCUUCGACCGCCACACUUCGCCCGUGUUCAGCCCCGCAAACCCCGACAGCUCCGUAGAGAACUGCUUGGCUCACCUCGGGGAGAAGGCGUCGCAGGAGCUGAGGGCGCCUCUGCUCGGGGCCUUGCAGACGCUCCUCAGCCGGCCAUUGACAUAUCAGGCAUAUCGGGAAUGUACAGUGGAGACCACAGUUCAUGCCAGCGGCUGGAAUAAGGUUUUGGUGCCUCUGAUUUUGCUACGGCAAAUGCUUUUGGAGUUGACAAGACGUGGUCAAGAACCUUUGAGUGCAUUGCUGCAGUUUGGUGUGACUUUCCUGGAGGACCAUGCUGCCGAGUACAUCAUUCAGCAAGGUGGCUGGGGCGCUGUCUUUGCCCUGGAGCCAGAGGACGAGGAGCGCCCCGCGGGCGCCGCGGAGGACAGCAACGACAUCUACAUCCUGCCCAGUGGCGGCUCCACGCUCGCCAGCCCCCCGGAGUCUCCGACGACCGCGACGGCGUCCUGGCAGGCCGAGGGCUUCCCCGUGUCGCUGUCCAGCAGCCAGAGCUGGCGCACCGAGAGCCCACCGGUGUCCCUGGGUCCCGAGUCGUGGCAGCAGGUCACAGUGGACCCCGAAGAAGUCAAGAGCUUGGACAGCAACGGGGCUGGAGAGAAGAGUGAGAACAACUCCUCCAACUCUGACAUCGUGCACGUGGAGAAAGAGGAGAUUCCCGAGGGCGCGGAGGCGGCGGCUGUGGCGGCCUCUGCCCUGAUGGCGGCCGGGGAGCCUGGCCCCGAGGGGUCGGCCGGCCAGCCAGCCAGUCCCACGACAUCUCUGUUCGUGGAACUCGCUGAAGAAGAGGCGGGAGCGGCCAGGUCCGGAGCUGCCGAACUGGAGCAGGAGGGGGUCCCGCCGCUAGAGCCCCCGGUGGAGCCCCCAGCAGCCCCGCCGGGCGGAGGGCAGGCGGUCCGCGGGUGGGGGGUGCUGGGCGCAGGGCCCUCCCCGGGCGGCCCCGAGGAGGCUGGCCCGCCGCCUGAGGGCAAGUCCCUCCUGCUCCUCGGGGGGGCAGCCGCUGCUGUUGCCAUCCUGGCGGUGGCAGUUGGGGUGGCACUGGCUCUGAGAAGGAAGUAGAUUUUUCGGAGAGAGAACACAAAAAGGUGUAAGGUUUUAGUUGUGUCGACUGGACUGGAGCGGCCAGAAGCUAGCUGGACAUCCCUUGGACACUCCGGGGUCAGGAGGACUUGGGUCCGCAGGGCAGGGGGCCGACCCACGUGUUAGGGCUUGAGCUGGAGGCUGCGCACAGUGGUCUGAUUGGAGGUCCCAGGCCUGGGCGCCUGCUAGGUUCAGGGUCUUGUGUGUAAAGUGCCCCCCGCCUGGCGUCCACAGCCCCUGGGUAGCUCCCGGGCCUGGGGCCUGUGCCCUGUAGGGUGCGCAGCCUCCGCCCACCAGCCCUGUAGCGCCUUCCCCAGUGGUGGCAGCCCCACCCCACGUGUCUCCCCAUGUUGCCAAACGUCCCCCGGGGAUAACGUCAUCCCGUGAGAGCCACAGUCUCAGAGCGAGAGGGUCCCCAUGGGGGCGCCUGGGGGGCAGACCCCAGGCAGGAGGGCGUGGCUGUGGGCCCCUCGGCUGCUGGCGCACUCCUGCCUGGAGUCUCAGCUCCUCUGUUCUUCCCGCCCUCAGUCCCGCAGCCCAGGUGCUCUGCUGGGUCUCAGCCGCCUCUCAGGUACUGCCCUGCCCGCCUCGCCCCAGGGUGCCCCGAGGCCCCGUGCAGAGGGCUUGCCCGAUGCUUCCCGCAGUUCCCCUUGUAAAGAUGCUGCCUUUAGUCUUUAAACGUACGAGACGGAAGAGACCUGGGGCCCCUGUCCGUGACUGCGGGGCAAGUUUGUCUCCGCGUCGGAAGCUGGAGGGUGGCUUAGCUGGCCUAUCGAGGUUGCUCGCAGCCCUUUUGUCUGUGGGCACCCUUGAGCCGACGGGGACUCGCCAGCCGGCAGCGUCUCUCUUGCUGGGCCUCGCUGUCCGUGACCUGGACUAGCGGGAUUCCCAGGUUCUGGCCUCAGCCUCCUUCCCAGUCAGGCCGCUCCUCAGCGGUCUCUUGCCAGGUGAUAAGGGUUUCCACAUGUGGGCUUACAGACUGGGGAAUCAUAACUCUCAUUCAGUACACAAAGUCUCCUAAAUAUCAUUGAAGUAAAAAGCAGGAAAGAGAGGCUGCCCUUGAGGGUCUAGCUUGGCUUUCAGAGUUCCAUAACGGAGGCUCACACUGAGCUCGUCACGGCCCAAAUGCCAGAGUGACAAACCGUAAUGAUCACGGUCAGCACGUGCCCGUGGAGACUCAGCGUAGCCUCAUCCGCUGACAGCAUCCCUCACGGGUGGACCGCGUCUCAUCAUGCCUGAGUGUUUACAUGUAAACUCUGGAUCCUCAAGCCCAUUGGCUGAACGCACUGAAGCAGUAACAGGAGCCGGUUCGUUUCUGAGCUGCUGGCGGGAGGGCGGCUGGCGGGAGGUCUGCGCUGCGGAGGCUGAGGUCUGCGUUCUCCACGGCGGAGGGGUAAGGCGGGGCCACGCUUUACUCAGCAGUGACCCAGACAGCGUGGCCUUCAAGCACGGGGUUCCCGAGUGAUAGGAGGACCUCAGCGUCCCCUCUGGUUGUGGACAGGAGGAGGGAGCGCCUAGUAAGGACUGUGGUGGUAGUGGCUCCCAUGUUUUGCUGUGACGUUAACAACUGCUUCUCAGGUGCCCACCCCCUUUUUGGUGGGACUGGAACAUCUGAGUCUAAGGUAGAGGGAGGAUGAUGGUGGGACGCAGGUGUGGAACUCAGACUCGUCACCCUCGUUUGAACUGCUGUGUUGGUACGUCCUGCAGAACCCUUAACUGCUGUAUUGAAUGUAAUGAUUUCUGAUCACUUGGCAAGAGCCACUGAAGCUUUCUUGAGAAAAAUACCAGGAUUACAGAAUGCUAGUUUACGUUCUCUGGAGUAAAGUGGUGACAACUCCGGGGCCUCAGAAACCAGUCAGUCCCAGCGUGCCUUGCGGCCAUCAGCGCCGCCCCCGGAGAGCCUUCUAGAUGAAAAGCCGUCUGCUGACCAUCUGGUUCCCAGAGGCGGAUCCUCCGCUCGCCUGUUCUCUCUCCCUGGGUGUGAACCGCCCCUGUUCAUUUCCCAUAGAAAUUCAUUUCCUCAGGCUCUUGCUGAUUCCUGCUAAUAUAAAGCUGUGCCUGUUCCUUGCCUUUUCCCUGAAGGCUUUGGCAUGGGGACAGAUGUCACACCCGUCGAAUUUUUAAAUUAUUUUAAGAGAUGUUUUAUAGAAAUGAAAGGUAUUGUAGGUAAGAUUUUUUCCCCUCUUCUCUUAAUUUCUUAUGUCUGUUUACACAAACUUUACUUACCAAGAAUUUGACGUGGUCAUUUCAUCAAGAGGGGCUGUCUGGUCUCUUUGUAGAAACAGCUUCUAGCCUCUGGACCAGUUCCACGCAGGCAGUAUCUCGCGUCAAGUCUCAGCAACACACCUGACGCCAGGAGAACGUGUCCUCUUCCCCAGAGGACCAGGAUCUGUCCUUGGUGGAGCCCCCCUGUUCUCCACUCCCCGCAGGGGUCGGCUGUGAGCUGGGCUUGAGUCCAGGGAGCGUCUCUUUUCCUUUCCCUAAACAAGGGUGGUCAUUAUCGUCUCAGCAGAGGGGCUGAGCAGUCAACAACACGCCAGGGGCUGUUGGAGGGCCUCCCUCGUCACGCUUCCCCUUCGCACCCCCUUGGGGUCACUACUGUCCCGAAGGCGUCUGGCAUCUGUGCGGCAGGCAACAGUCAGAGCUUCUGACUCAGGUCUAGGGCUUCCCCGGCGUCUCCCAUCCUUGUAACCUGCAGAGGUACCAGCAGGUACCCUGUCCCGCGUGGAGCGGCCCGUGCCCCGGGGAGGCUGCGGUUGGGCAGGGGCUGAGCCAGCUCCGUGGGACUGCACGCAGGAGCCAAGGUUUCAUCAGUCUGUCCCAGGUGCUCACCGCACCAGGCCUCUCCCAACAUGGACCUGGCGCCUGGCGGUUCCAGAGCCGCCCCGCUGGACUAGGGUCUCCUUGGCUUCCUUGGGUGGUGUGGGGGACAGGUGCCUGUCUGUGCCGCCCGGGGUGCAGGGGGCACCCACCCGGACACAGGCACGUCUUGGGAGCUGACGCUGGGAGCGCGACCUAAUCGGGAAGUCGUUGCUGAAGUGUUGAUCCGCAUCUCCCCUUUCUUCGCACAAGACGAUUAUUCCACCGUCCCGUCUACACCGCAAGCGCUGCUGUAGCCCAGGGGGCUGUUCCCCAGGCGUCCGCAGGGCCGCCAAUCCCGCCGCCCCUCACGGCCACACCGCACCCUCCCGCGAGCUAUUUAGAGCAAGUGUUGGCCUCCUUCCCCAGGGAGAGCCAGGAGGUGGGCCCCUCCCUGCUACGUCUGGAUGACGAUUUCUGGUGAGAGAACUGUACUAAGCGGCUGGGUUCUUGGUCGGCACCGAAGGAAGUGACAACUUACUGUUUUCCUAGACCUGCUGUGUUUUCCUUGCUGUCACAUUUGUUCAUUUCCUCCUUCAGGUUAAAAGUGCCUCUUUCUACCUGACUUGUUCCUUGGCUGCGGUCUGCGCAUUACGGAUUCUGACGCUAUCAUCCCUCCUAAGGCCUGUGGUGAAUCGGUCACCGUGGUAACACCCUCUUCCUGUGUGAGGUCCCUCUGCUCGCCCGCACAGCUGGCUUGUGGGUUAUUCCGGCUCCGCUUGCCUUCAUCACUGGCCUUCUGUGCUCGCUGGGGGAAUGAAGCAAAGCGCAGCUCUGUGAAUGGCGCUCUGUUGCAGGCGGCGCGGGGAGCAGACACCAGAGGAUGUAAUGAAAUGAGCCUUGAAGACACUGAUGUUCACACAGCAACCCCCUGCCUCGACCCGGGAGGGCUGCCUCCAGACCAUCAGCCUUGUCAUCUUACGUACGUACCUAUGUGGUUUGAUUGCAGGUUCUGUAAACACGCUAGCAACACCCAAAGGCCCACUCGCACAGCUAGUGAACUUGCUGGAGAAUAACAGUGGCUCCGGGGCUGCAGCCCAGCAGUCAGUGCCGGCUCCUGAGGAGCCGGUCUGAGUACACCGGAUGGGUCUCUGGACUUUCAGUGAUGCCGAGCACCUUUUGUUCUCUUAACCAUCAUCACUUAAUUCAAAUACUUAAAAAGCAGGAUGACACGUUCUCUUAAUUAAAAACAUCUCAAUUCUGUCCACGAGGGUUGUGAUGUAAAAUGCACCAAUUUCCAGGAUGUACCCGAGUCCUGGUGGCCAGGAUGUGCUCAAGGCUGGAAUCUCUGUAUGACGCUGGCUUGGGGAGAAGAGCGGUCAUCUUGCUUUAUGAUCAAGAAAGUAUAUCUGACUUGGUCUGGAAAAAUUGACACCAGAACAUGUAUAAACUGCAUUAAAACGGUGGCUUACUGUAUUAAUGUACGCAAAACAGUGGCAGGUAAAGAUGCUGUGACACAUUAUUUAUUUACCUACUUACUGCACCACAUGGCACGCGGGAUCUUAGUUCCCCAGCCAAGGAUCAGACCCGUGGCCCUGCAGUGGGAGCGUGGCUCUUAACCACUGGACCGCCAGGGAGGUCCCUGAAAACUUUAAAGUAUUGUAAGAGAUAGUCUGGGAUGAUUUGGUGCUUUAGAGCUCCUUUCUCUUCCAUUAGUUUAUAGAGUUGACUACUUGAGUUUAAAUUGCUCCUGGGCCUGGAAGAAACUGUCUCCCUGCUGAGACACAUUGUACUGACUGAUCCCUGUGUCUGUGUUCAUGUGUGAUUCACCCUGUUUCCACGGUGACAUGAGCCCUUUAAACCUAGAAGAUUGUUUCCAGAGGCGCAGCCACACCUACUUGCUUUUAGGACUUGCAGCGUUCUGCAGGUGUCAGCCUGAGACCCAGCCCUGGGGUGCUGUGUUCGACGCUGAACCAUGGAGUCAUUUUUCUUUUCUGAGCAUCAUGGUCACAGUAACGAGGGCGUUUCUAUUACUGGUGAUGUGAGACCUGGACCCUACCCACCAUUGAACUUGGACGCAGACCAAUCCUAGUAAACACUUAGCGCUCGGAACAGACCGGGCUGUAUUGCUUCUAAUAGAAGACCGAGUGCGCCUGAGCCAGCGGGGCCGGGGUCACCCUGAGCCGGGACAGAGCCACGAUGCUGCUGGCCAGAAACCGGUCACCCACAGUGGGCCAGCGGGGCGCUAUGGGAGCCGUGGGGCUGGUAUGGGCCACUGACUGAUUCUGGACCGGGUGCCCUCCAUCAACGGCAAGUUCAAGGAAGACGAUUAAUUAAACCCAUCCCCUUGGACCCCUCCGGUAUCUGGUGGUGCUGCCUUCUUCCAUCUGCAUCUGGAAUGGCCCAGGCUCUUGGGAUGAACCUCGAGGAAAUAUACAGUGAGAGAUUUCCUGUGCUGGUGGAAUUAGCUUUGCUUGUGGGAUCUUAGUUCCCCGACCAGGGAUCAGACCUGGUCCCUGCAGUGGAAGCGCAGAGGAGUCCUAACCACUGGACCACCAGGGAACUCACGAUCUGCUUCUAGAUCUGAUUUUCCGGCGGGGACCUUUCCAGCAGACAUUAGGUGGUCUACGAAACGGAAGCACCAGACUUUCUAAUAUCCUGGGUGGAGGACAGACGUGUACAGUUUGUACCCCCUUUUGACCGCUCACCCUCCUUGAUUAAACGACGACUAAAGCCACAAGAUCAGCUUCUGUCUGGAAAUUCUCACCAGGAAGCUCAGGCUGGACUCUGCUACCCCGAGGGCGGGCAGGAGCGCCAGGCCAAGCAAGUUCACAGGCUCCACCUGUGGCCCCUCUAUAUGUGUGCGGAGAAAAGGAAGCCCAGCCAGGGGAACAGGGGCCACGGAUCCAGACACUUGCACGUGGCAGAGACUCAAAUGCAGGCAGUGGGUGGGGAGCUUUGCAGAGGAGGCCGCGGGGGAAGCAGGGGGCCCGCUGGCCGUGGCUCCCUGUGCGAUGGUGUCCUCUGUGUCGCCCCACGUUGGAGGCACAAACAGAAAGGAGAGAAGCUGUCGGGUAUCAAUCGAGUCCUGAAGUUAUUUUUAGGUCCCUGGACUGUCCCAGAGAGCACUCUGACUUGACCUCCGGGCUGGUGGUCACUGGGGGGGGCUGGGGGAAGGGGCCGGGCAGGCUGCUCUGCCAUCGUCCACUCAUAUAUUCAGUCCCAGCCUCUCUUACUCGGGUCCCCACUUAUCUCAGAUUCCCUGGCCUGCAGGAAGCGACCUUCCCAUCACGGAGGGCGGGGACCCCAGGGCCAGACUGGCUUUCCUGGGAGGCUCUGUAGCCUUCACUCCCUACAGGCAGCUCAGUUCUGUGACAAGUGGCCUGUCACAGUCGAUCACACAAGCAUCAUUCAGAAAUAGGACGUUCUGAGGAAGGCGCUCAAGUUGUCCAAUUAUAUUACAUCCUGGUAAAAAGAACAAAGGACAGUAGGCAGUUUCUCACCAACUUAUACACAGAAUUACCUUUGUUCUAGUAACUCUGCUUCCGGGUACGUGCACACCUAUCCUCCUGGCUGCGUCACUCACAACAGCACAGGUGGUGACAGCGCCACACCCACUGAUGGGUGAGCGGGUGGACGCAGUGUCCAUCCCGCGGUGAGUCUCGUUCGGCCUCAGAGAGGAGGCUAUGGCACCUGCUGCACAGGGAGGAGCCUGAGGGCCCUGAGCUGAGUGACACGAGCCAGACGCACAAGGGCAGCUGCUUCUCUGCUGGAAAGUGGACUGUUGGCCCGGGGCGGGGAGAUGCGAGGGUCCUGGAGAGGACGGGGGUGGUGGCAUCUCAGUGCGGGGCACAUUCGGAAGUGGUUACAGUGGAAAAGUUUAUGUAUAAAUAUUUAACCACACACACAACAAAGAAGGAGAUUCUGGCGCCUGCGACAAUGUGGAGGAACCCUGAGGAUGUUACACCGAACAAAACAAGCCAGACGCAGGAGGACACACACCGUCUUGCCCCACUUACAUGAGAAGUUGUGCCUGUUUUCUAGAGAAUUAUUAAUUCCUAUUAACGCCACUGAGCUGUACACUUAAACUGAUUAAAACGGUAAAAUUUUAAUCUAUUUUACCACAAUAAAGUUUGAAAGAAAACACCCCCCACAGAGUCGUCUUUUUGAACCUAUGCAAAUAGCGGUACCAUCACACAAAAUGAGGAAACUUGGCAAGAAUUCUGUCAGGAAGAACUAGUUGUCAUUUCCGUCUACCAGGUUUUUAUGGGUUACAGACAGUUGAAGAAAGAGAAAGUUUCGUGUGUCUAGAAAACAGAAAUGGAAACGUCAGCAAUAUUCCGAGCAAACCACCAGUUUCCCACCUUGGUCUGUGGGUCCCAGCAGCUGCGCCCACGCCGUCUGCACCCAGAAGAGCCUGGAAACCCUGACCUGCACCCGGCGAAGCUCUGAGUUGUUGAAACCAGGAGAACACAAACCAGGAGAACACAAACGUCUGUUUGUGAAGUUUCACUAGUUCAAAGUACCUAGUAUCAGUCCUCUCCACAAGUCUCUGAUUCCGUCCUUCUUUGCUGAGGACACACACGAAAAGCCCCAACUCAUCCCCAGAGGGCACAGGCUGCCGGGGGUGAUUCAUGUGUUUCUCUAACUGACAACAUCAGAACGGAAGGGGUCAGAUUCUCUUUUGGGGUACAGUACGUUAAAAAACGUGAUCAGGGCUUCCCUGGUGGCGCAGUGGUUGAGAGUCUGCCUGCCGAUGCGGGGGACACGGGUUCGUGCCCCGGUCCGGGAAGAGCCCACAUGCCGCGGAGUGGCUGGGCCCGUGAGCCAUGGCCACUGAGCCUGCGCGUCCGGAGCCUGUGCUCCGCAACGGGAGAGGCCACAACAGUGAGAGGCCCGCGUACUGAAAAAAAAAAAAAAAAGACCA